GCCGGAGCCGGAGGACAUGGACAAACUGACCAUCAUCUCAGGAUGCCUCUUCUUGGCCGCCGACAUCUUCGCCAUCGCCAGCCUGGCCAACCCGGACUGGAUCAACACCGGGGAGUCCGCCGAAUAUGGCACAUUUACUGGACAAGGAGCUGUUCUUUAAAAAUUGGAGGACAAAUUCGGAUUCAAAUUUCACUUUGCCAAAAGGUCGCAGAGCUUGGCAGAAUGUUUCCAUAACAGACUUUCAGGAGGAUAAUGGACUAUUGGUUACCAAUAUCAACCAGACACAGGAUUUAUUGAGGCUUAGGGAUACAGCUAUACUGUUUGCAGGGUUAAAAGCCACGGAUAACUGGGUUAAAGUCUAUGGUCUAGAAAACAAGCAUCUUACAUUGGAAAAUCUGAUCAAGAAAGUCAACGUCGUGCUAAAUGCAAGUGAUGGAACAGAACAUAUUGAAUUUACCAAGGAGGUUGUUCACGAUUUUGAAACUCAGUUGCUUGCAGCUAUUGAUAUGUAUGACAAACGAAUUCAGUGGCUUUUGCAGGGCAGCAGAAAGAUGUUUGGAGUUAUUCAAGGCAGCAGAAUUGGAGUGCUGAUUGACACAUCCAACAUAAGUUGUAAACCGAGACUGUGUGAAUUUCAAAGAGAUCUUCUGUCCUUAAUAGAUGAGCAGCUGUGUUACAUGAAGAAAUUAUACUUCGUUUCAUUUGGCACUGAGGCUUCAUCUUUGUGGGAGCAGCCGCAAGCGAUCAGUGUGAAUGUAUUACAUGAAGCAAGGCAAUGGGUGCAGGACUUGAAACCCAGCGGAGGCUGCAAUUUGCUGAAAGCUUUGAAAAAAGCCCUGGUCAUAAAAGAACUGGAUUCGCUUGUGAUUAUUGUUGGAAGCUGUCCAGAUCAAUCUUCAGGAAUAUUGUCUGACUAUAUCCAACAAUGUACAGUGGGGAGAAAUCUGGUGGUCCAUACCGUCACAUAUGACUGCAGCAGUCAAGUGCCUCCCGACGUUGUAAAAAGCAUGGCAGAAGAUGUGGGAGGCAGUUACCACUGUUAUUCGACCAAGAGGGAAGACUGUGACAGCAGUGAUCUCCAACUUGUCCUUUGCGAAUGUCAAAAAGCCAAUCACUUGCUCAACAUCAUAAAUCAAAUCUACCAAGGCAAGAUGGUUGACUCGCUUUUUAAUUUCAUUAAAUGUGGUUCCAUAGAAAGCUUGCAGGUUUCGUCAGUCAUCUCCUUGCCAAAACCGCCACAACAUGAAAGUCCACUUGUGAUACAAAGCACAAAGCUUUUAGCCAAGAGCUCGGCUGAAUGGCUGAAAACGUAUGGCCUGAAAGCCAAGAAACUGAGCCUUUAUCGAGUUUUGGCACCAAAUGCUUUUUCCCCAGUCGAAGAAUUUGUGCCUGUGCUUCAGAAAACAGUAUCGUCUACUUUACAUGAGAAAGUAAUGACGCAGUUUGAAUGGCAUGACGGAACGGUUAAAAACGUUCACGUUGACCCACCAGUACUUUAUGACUACCAGAAACAACUUGGAAGGAUUGUAAGGAUGUACGAGAGACGCAUUGAUUGGCUCUCAAUUGGUAGUAGAAGAAUUUGGGGAGCAGUAGGAGAGAGGAGGGUUGUUAUACUUGUUGAUGUUUCCCAAGCAAAUUCCAUCUACAUCAUUCAUAUUCAGCAUUCCCUGCGACUCUUACUUGAGGAGCAGAUGUCAAGCAAGGACUGCUUCAAUAUCAUAGCGUUUGGAAGUAGUGUAAAGGCCUGGCAGCCUGAAAUGGUUCCUCCACACCCAGAUAAUUUGCAAAGUGCCUGGAAAUGGGUACUGACCCUGCAGUGUGAAGGCACUAGAAACGUUAUGAAUGCGCUCAGAAGAGCUGUGGAGGUGGACCUCCAAGAAAAAGACAAACAUGAAUCUCAAAGCAUUUACCUGCUUACUACUGGAGUUCCUGACCAAGAGAUGCAUGCAGUAUGUUCUUAUAUGACUGAAGUCUGUGGAGGCUGCAACUUGCAGCUGCAUGUUUGUCUGUUCAGUGUCAAUGGUUUCCCCUUCGAUGAAGACAUCCCGCCACGCUAUGCAAGUCCAAAUGAAACUGCUGCCGCUUUUAAAGAAAUCGUGCAAUUUACCAAUGGACGCUUUCAUUGGUUUGGAGAAACAGGCAUCUAUGAAAGUGAUGAUAUCAGCCUUAUCCUGUCUGAGAUGGAAAAAGCAGUCAGCUAUUCCCAUAAGUGUGCCUUGCUAGUGGAAUCCUUAAGACAACGCACAAGAGGCCAGUUAGGGAAUCAGUCGAUUCCUGAAGAAGACCUAGAGAAACAGGAGAAGAAGAGCAAGCCACAAAAGCUGUCAUCUCCAAAACCAACAGCUCUCAGCCUUGCCAGAAUGAGUUUGAGAGACCACCAUGACGGAGACAGAAAUGGCAGCAUGAAAGCCCUCCUUUGGCGCCCACCGAGUGCCAACCCAGAAAUUCCAUCAGUACAGUCACUGAAAGACGUUUUUCUGUUAAGACGAAAACACAACUCAAAGUCAAAGAAACAUCCGGAUGUUUCACUCUCAUUAUUUUACACAGACAAAGGAAAAAAUGUAGGUGCAGUUUACAAAAAGUAUUCAAACCCCAAGUGCUUGAGGAAGCUGGUUCCCAAGGUCAUUUUGCCUCAGGAAGAAGAAAUAUGUUCCAGCAAGGAGUGGCUGAGCAAAUUCAGUCUAAAGAAAUUGAAGCUAGAGUUGCCCAGUCUCAUUUUUGGACCCGAGAGCAGGCAUCAGAAGCACAUGGUGGGAUCGUUGCACAAGCAAGUGUCAGCUAAGUACUGUGACAUCUUCCCUAGCGUAGAAAUGCACGGUAUUGUGAAACACCUGCAGGUUCAGCUCAAGGAUCUGGAGGACUACAUUGAGCAAAUGGAAAAGGUGUUACGGUGUUAUGUUCGAAGAUUACAGUGGCUUCUCUCAGGAAGCCGUCGGUUGUUUGGUGUCAUUUUAGAAGCAAACGUCUGCCUCCUGAUUGAUACGUCAGGUUCCAUGGAUCGCUCUUUGGAACAGGUCACCAAAGAGCUCACCUCCCUGAUCUGGGAACAGCUGAGGAAGAACAAUACGAAGUUCAACCUGAUCAGCUUUGCAGAAGAUGUUGAAGUUUGGCAAGAGUGCCUGGUGGAGGCCACAGACGAAGCAUGUCAUGAUGCCACACAAUGGGUGUCAGUGUUUCGAGCUCACGGGAAUACCUCCAUCCUCAAGGCUUUGUGGAGAGCUUUCAGUCUUCAGGACAUAGAGGCUUUGUAUAUUCUGACAGAUGGGAAACCAGAUACAAGCUGCAAUUUGGUUCUGAAAGAAAUUGAAAUCCUUAGAAAGAAACGGGCAGUUACAAUCCAUACUAUUUCAUUUAACUGCACAGACAGAGGAGCCAAUGACUUUCUCAAGAAACUGGCCUUCCGGACAGGUGGACGCUACCAUCAGUGCCACGGCGAUGUGGAUGGACAGCUGGCAGCACACCGGUUGCUAUCAGAAGGCUUUAAAGAUGAAGAUGAUCCAGUUUUCCCUUUGUUUGAAGGAGAUGACUUAAAGAAACUUGCUGAAGAAAUAGCAAAAGCCAGAAGCUAUUUAACACAGGCCAGGUUCUUUAAGUCACUAUUAGAAAAAAGGAAUUCAAGCCAAAAGAGGCAGUCCUCCUAAUACAGCUACUUACAGAACCCUGGGAUGCCAAAAGAGAUUUACACGAACUGGAAACAAACCCUGGGAUGGCCAACAUUUAAGUACAUGAAAACCCAAGACUGGAUUAUCAUGUGUACAGUAUCUACUGCCAAGGAAGUACUAACUGCUCCAGCUAAUGAAAUUCUUAACAUCUGAUCUAUAUGCACACCUAGGAAAGUAAUUCUUUUGGAAUAAUUUGGGCCCUCAGAUGGGAAGAGAACCUGUUUGGAAAACAUAAGAAAGUACAGGUUACCUUAAAGUGACUUGUGAAAAUAUUAGAAGAUCCUAAACUGCAGCUGUGAUCCAUGUUGGGGCAAUAUCUUAAUUAGACCAAUUCACGAGAAUUGCACCAUGUUCAGUUUGACUUAAUUAUGGUAGUGUUCAAACAAAGAUGUUGAAAUCUUCCUUAUAGUCAAUGUUUUCCCAUAUUCUUCUGUUAGAGUAAAAACAAAAGAUAACAAAGAUACUCUGUUUUGCAUCUUUGGGACAUUUGGGUAUUUUCCUCAAGCAUUUGUGCCAUUCCACUCACAAAAAAACACCCCAAAGAAGCAGAUGUGUGUGUUUCAUUCAUCCCCCAAUUUGAUCCAGUUGGAGGAAGCAGGAAUAUGAUCAGUAUGCCAGAGAUGCAUUUAGUGUGAUUCACAGGAAUAUUUUCAAUGUCACUGAACAGAACAAGGGCGGCAUGUCUCCUGUCCAGUCCUGCAGGAUGUUGUGGACAUGGUUUCCAAUGGACUGUGUGUAAGGCAAAGGCUUAUGACUUGUCAGGAAAUGUCUAUACCUUGUUUUUUUGCCAAUGGGCACAACCUGUUUCUUGCUAGCUUAGAAAGCAGGGCUAAAUAUUAAUGUUCUGUCACCACUUUUGGAGUGCCCUGCCAAACCUGGGUGUUGACUGUUGUCUUAAGAUGCCAGCUGACCAGUAGAAUGACUCCCCAUAAAUGCUGAUAAAUAUUUAUCCUAUAAUUUUCUCAUAGCCUGCCCAAGUUGGCAAACUCAGGAUUGGCCCUAAAUCAAUUCAACACAAGUUGAAAUCUAGCCAUGGAAACCAGGUAUUGGUGCCAGUCGCUUCUCAUAUUAACAACUGGUUUGAUUAGUGCUGUGGCAAUCGACUACAUAUAGCAAGUCUUCAACCACACCUUUUGCUCCUAUAUUUUAAUUCUCUCACCAAAUAAAUAAUGGAAAGGUUCUGCCAUGUCUUGAAAAUAGUUAAUUUAUUUGUAUGCUUGCAAAUAGGAAUAAGGCCUUGGUGCAAUGUAGCUUCUAACCACUAGGCAACACAAAGCAAAUAGUUCACGUUGUUGAUUCUGUAUUCUGUACUGAAAGUAGCCCACAUAACUGAAUAUCUUGCACAUGUAUAUUGUGAUUAAAUGUUAAAAUAUCAGUUUAGCCUAUGUGAGUGCUUUGGAAAGGGGAGAUAUUAAGUCUUCUGAGCAACAGUAUAGUGCUCUGCUAGAAUACCCAAAUUCUCAGCCUUGUCUUUUAUUACUGCCUAUCCUCCAGUUGACAUUGAAUAAGGGGCAGGGAUGAUGGGGAUGACAGCUGUAGAUGUUAUAACUGGAAUGCCUAGGGAGGAUUUUAUGUAUAUGUUUUAUGUAUGUAUGUGUGUGUAUGUGCAUACAUGAGCCCACUUGCACACAUACAUACACACCAAAUAUUAAAAUGCUGUAGCAAAACCUUCCUGUUUAUGCCUUCUUCAGCUGCCCUAAAUCAAAGAGUGCUAUAGCCAAGGUGACAGAUACAGAACACAGAGCACUGGAUAUUCCAAAACAAAUGAAUGAAGGUACAUCUUAUCUUUCGGUCUGAGACCAUGUGAAUUUGACACAUUGCAUCUAGAGAUCUAGAUGUUCUCUCCCAUUCCUUAGAUCCUAUGGCAUUUAUGUUCCAGUAGUUGACAAAUCAGAAAUAUGGGCGUUAAUGUUUUGAAACUGAACAGGUUUGCAACUGGUUAUCCUGGAGACUGCAGACCAAAACACACGAUUGGGUCAGUUAUAAUAGAUAGCAUCCUAAAUCCUUGUACAGAUUAUGCUUCUUGCCUGCAGAUAAAAUUCUGUUUCAUACAAUAAGUCCUGCUAUUGUUCAUAAAGCUAUGAGAUAAAUCCAGGUAAUGCAGGGUGUGCCUUCAUACAGUUUGGCUAUAGCAUAUCGAUGACGAUGGCAGCUGAAUUAUUUUGCUCAUGGAACCAGGAUAAGGCCUUAACUCUCAGCUGUAUGUUUGGCAGUUUUUUUGUAAAAUGAAAUGCUGCAACUUUCUGCAAUUUCUAAUUGUUAUUGUUGUUAAGUUUAUUAUACGCCGGUUUCUAAAAAAGAGAGAUUCAAGGCAUUUUACAAAUAAAAUAUUAAAAAGGUAAAAACAGCAAUAUCUGCAUAAUAUAAAAACAGCUAAGAGGAUGAAAAUGUCAAGGUGGCGCAGGUCUAGCUGAAGAGCGCAUCUCAUAGGUGAGAAGACUACUGGCUGCUGGUACACUUCCAUGCUGAAUUCAAGGUGCUUGUAAUAACAUUGGAAGUGUUAAACAUCUGGGGAU